UUGUACGCAGUUGCACAUCUCUUUCACUAGUGCUCAUGUUGCAGUGUUUUUCAACUCAUGUGCAGCAUUUAGGAUGGAUUCCCACGGAAGUCAAUGCACCUGUAGUGCCCAUCGCUCAACACCGAGCGUCCAUCAAACCCUGGAGGAGAUGGACUUUGAGAGAGGUAUUUGGUCAGCUGCAAUGGAUGGAGAUGUGGAGAGAGUCAGGGCGUUAAUUAAAAAAGGAAUUGAUCCAAAUAUGAGGGACCAGGCACACUACACUGCUUUGCAUUAUGCCAGCCGAGCAGGUCAUCUGUCAGUGUGUGAGUUACUCCUGGACAGUGGCGCUUCUGUGAAUGCACAGACUCGUGGCGGGGCGACACCCCUUCAUAGGGCGUCUUACUGCGGACACCAUUGUGUGCUAAAGCUACUGUUAGACCGUGGGGCUGAUCCAUGUCUGACUGAUGAUGAUGGAUCAACACCACUUCAUAAGGCUGCUGAACAGAGGCAUUUCACGGUUUGUGAGCUGUUGGCGAAACGCUUCCCGGCCUUGCGAGUUGUGAAGGAUAAAAGAUCAUGCACACCAUUCGAUCUCUGUCCGGAGAAGGACCAAGUUUGGGAGUUCCUGAAUGACCCUAUCUAACUUACAGUCUGAAAUGCUUUUUCAUUAAGGAUUAUGAAGAACAUAUUUAAAAAAAACUAUGUCAAUCAUUGUGUCUAAUGGUUUAAGGUUAUAGAAAUCUGGCACCCGAUUGAAUGAAGUUAAACUGAGAGAGCAUGCGUUCACAGACACCAGAAUGAACGAGUU